AUGGAUGGCAGGUAGUGAUGACUGCAGAGUACUUGGAGUCAGAGUUUGUAUUGCAGAGUUUGGCGGAUAGGUAAUAAUGAAAAGCAUGCAGCAUUUGCUCAUCAGAAUCUAGGUUGGAAACGAGGAAACCUGUAGUGUUGAUUGAGUCAUGGCCUGAAACCUCCAGAGGGCUGAAAUACACAGGUGUGUGUGUUCCAGUUCCCACCUCCCUGGUGGGAGAUCAACUUGCAUUUAAGGGGCAGUGCUUCCAUAUUGGGGCUUGUAUGCCAUUGUUACUGGGAAAUAGCUGAAUGAAUUUCUGAAAAGGGAUAGUAGAUAUCUGAGGAUGUUGGCAAACAAACCUCAGAAGCAAUGGGUCAAAGAAGCAGAGUUCAAACUGGUGGUUCUUUGGUGGUAGAAGUAUCUGCCAAAAAGACUGCCCCAGUUGUUGCUUCUUAAACAUGGUCCUGGGAAAGGGAAUUUGCCCUUCUGAAGCAGAAGUGCCCAUGUCUUGGUCCUGGACCACAGUAUUUUUUUUAAUGCUUUAGGAUAACAUAGAUGGGAAACAUUGGUUUAUCCUUAGCUGCUGUAACUGAACAGUAUAAAUGAUGAAAUAAAGUUGAAAGGGUUGUGAGGAAUAUUUGUUUAAGUUGGUCAUUGGUGAAGGGGCUGUUUAGAUUGAAGUUGCAUUAAUAAGAUAUGUGUAUUGCAUCCCAGCAACAUCCAAUUUCCCUGUACCAUGCUUAUGGGAAGCAUAAAAUGUUCAUGCUUUAGUGCUUGAUAUAUAUGCAUCCUUAGAUGUACAGGUUUAACUGAAAUCUGACAGAGCUGGUUUUAUUAAUGAGAUAUGUGUAGGCAAAAUGUAAGGUAUGAUUCAGUUAACUAAUUGGCAGCUUUAUCUUGGGGGUUGUGCUGUAAAAAAAGUGAUGCUGGUUUGGUGGUAUAAUUUCUAUGGUACUUGUGAAUCUCGCUGUUCUUAAAAGUGAAGUAGACAGGCUGCUGUGGAAAACCCUGCAUUGCCAAUCCCAGUCAGCUACCACAUGCUGCAGUUUUGAUUUCGUUUCCACUUCAGAUCUCAUCUGUCCUCUCUGCUGCUUUACCUUUCUAGCUGAGCAGUCCCUGUCUUUCAUUAUGACACCAGUGGCAAUUUUUAUCCUUGGAAAGGCACUAUCCUUUCAGUUUAACACUCAUUGGAUUCAUUGUCACAGUUCUGCAUUAUAAAAAAUAUAAUUGGUAGUCUCCCAUAAUUUAAAGAAGUGGGGCUUAGUCAUUGGGAAAAUCUUGAUCUUUCCAUAAUGUCUGAUAUGCAGGGCUGUGUAUAGUCUGCAUUCACUUCUUCUGUUCUAAAGAGCCUCAGAAUGUGCAGUAAGAAUUAAUAUAUAAUAUGUACGUAUUUGUGGCACAUUUGCAGUAUAGCUCCUUGUUCUGCUCAUUUCCAUCUCCUUGCAAGAUUCACAGAGUCAGUGGCAUUGGCGCUCUUGCAGUGAGGCAUAUGGUGGUGGAAGACUGCUGCAUGGAGAUAGGGUUUAAAUGGCUAGUAAGAUUAGGACAAGCACUUCAGAGUGCAAGUAGAUAAAUAGGUACCGCUCCAGCGGGAAGGUAAACGGCGUUUCCGUGCGCUGCUCUGGUUCGCCAGAAGCGGCUUAGUCAUGCUGGCCACAUGACCCGGAAGCUGUACACCAGCUCCCUCGGCCAAUAAAGCAAGAUGAGCGCCGUAACCCCAGAGUCGGUCACAACUGGACCUAAUGGUCAGGGGUCCCUUCAGGGGUCCCUUUACCUUUACCUUUAAGAUCAGGACAGCAGGAUAUUUUGGCUUUAUGGAAGGACAGAGGGCUUUCUUUAGUGCCUGGGGUGUUACCCAUGAGGGACCACCCGAGACCAGGCAUUGCCCACACAUUUCCAAGCUUUUAUCUGCAUCCAUAAGGACUAGAAAUUUGGUUUAAUUUUUCUUACUUGGAUUCAGAUACCUACUGCUGAAUUAUGCAUCACGUACUUGAUGUUUUAAUAAUAAAGAACUGAAAUCCAGUAGAAGAGCAGUUGGUCUAGUUUGUUAUAAAGCAUUUGAUGACAAAGCAAGUAUAGAAAUUUAAUAAAUAAAACAAUUACAACCUGUGGCCCUUUAAAAUGUAUGUGUGGGGAUAUUGUUUUUGUUUGUUACUAUGUCUUGCCGAUCGGAAGGUUGGCGGUUCGAAUCCCUGUGACGGGGUGAGCUCCCGUUGCUCGGUCCCUGCUCAUGCUAACCUAGCAUUUCAAAAGCAUGUCAAAGUGCAAGUAGAUAAAUAGGUAUCGCUCCGGCAGGAAGGUAAACGGCAUUUCCGUGCGCUGCUCUGGUUUGCCAGAAGUGUCUUAGUCAUGCUGGGCCACAUGACCCAGCUGUAUGCCGGCUCCCUCAGCCGAUAAAGCGAGAUGAGCAUCGCAACCCCCAGAGUCAUCUGUGACUGGACCUAACGGUCAGGGGUCCCUUUACCUUUAUGUUAGGUAUUUUUGUGUUUUUACAUUGUAAACCUCUCUGUGAUCCUUGGGUGGAGGGUGGCAUAGAAACUGAAUGAAUAAACAACAUUCUGUUAAAUCAUAUUAGAAGCUCAGACUUAAUUUUGCACUGUCGUAGCGGGUUCUGCUUCUGGCCUUUAUGCAGCCUCACCCCUGUUGAGAGCAUAGUGGUGCUACCCUAGUGUGGGAUCAUGAAUCUGCUCACAGUGCCACAGGAUGCGAUGUUCUGCUCCACAGUAUUCAUUGCAUUGUCUCAUUCUGAUCCAGUGACACAAUGACUUAUUGUCCUUAGCUUGCCUAUGUGAUGUACCACUAUGAUGGAAAAGCUCUUUUGCUGAUUUGUUUGCUGUUGAUUAUAUAAGCCCCCUGAUGAAACGCCAAGCUUUCUCCAUGAACUUGGGGAAAUAGUGGCAUUAAGGGGGGGGGGGUUUGUAAGCCCUAGGAAAUGUAUAUUCCUUUGAUAUGGAAACAUCUUGGUGAGGAGCUUGCCCCAGGUUUUUAGCUUUUUGACAAUCUUACUCACCUUUGGAAGAAUAGGGAGGAGGUCUGAGGCUGUGCCAAUGUCCUGCUCUCCUUGAACACUCCUGCAAGGGUGCCAUUUAUCCUUAAGGGAAAAUUGUAUGUUGAAGACUGGUGACAGUGUAAGAACCUGUGCAGCUGAACACUUAGGAGAAUAGAGAAAGUGGUGUGUGUGUGUGUGUGUGUGUGUGAGAGAGAGAGAGAGAGAGAGAGAGAGAGAGAGAGAGAAUGAAUGAAUGAAUAUAUUUGGAAACAGGUUGCUGGGGGAGUUAGAUCUCAAUGAAUAUAGGAACAUUUAUGGUUCUGUUUUUGAAAAACAACAACCCUACUGUUUGCACAGAACCACUUAAAACAUAGUUUAGAAUUAAACCUUUCAGAGUUCUGGAAACUGACACAAGUAUUGAUUAUCAAUAGUUGUAAGUGUAACUGUCACUCAUAUCAUCACAGCUGCCUGCAUAUUGCUAUCACUUGCCCUUGUAGAGCAGAACAAGUAAAAUAUUGUGUUUCCCACACUGAACCAGUCCCCUGUAACAGCUGUUUUAUAUUGAUAAAGGUUGAAGCAGGUCUGAGCAGGUUGGCUGUUUCAUUUAAAGCAUAAAUAUUUUGCAAGGUUUAAGGACAUUAGCAGAUGAUAGCUCUAAAACGGCAUCCUUACAUUGUAUUUUUGUUUGUUGCUUACUCUGGAAUAAAUUAUAUUACAGUGACUGUUGACUGUUAUUACAGUGUAUAUCUACACAAGUUGUAUGGUAUUCUGCUUGUAGUUAAAACCUGUCUGGCUUGUGUUAGUAUUGCAUCUUUAGUGUGUUGUUGGUUUACUGUACUUUUUAAAAAAAAUAUUAAUGGCAGCUGUAAAUCACACAAAAUAAUAGAUGUCCUCUUAUGGACCAGGAGUACGUUAAAUAGCAGGAAACAGAGAGUAGGGUUAACUGGACAUUUCUCUGAACAGAGAAGAUAGAAGGUGGAGUUUCUGAAAGAUUGGUAUUGGAACUUGUCCUUUUUAACAUGUUGAAAACAGUGCAGAGUUAUGAGUGAGCAGUGAGAUGACCAAGUUUUGUGAUGGUACUAAAUUGUUAAAAAAGAUUGUGCAGAGCUUGCAAAGGACCUCUCCAAACCAAGUGAAUGGGUGGUAAAAUGCCACAUACAAUUCACUGUCUACAGUGUAAAGUGAUGCAUGUGAGAUCAAUAAUCUUAAAUUCACAUAGACGCUUAUGGGGUCUGAACUGGAGGUGACUGACCAGGAACAAGACCAUGGGGCCAUAGUGAAUGAAGAUGUCAACCCCAUGUGCAGCAGCUGUGAAAAGGGCAAAUUCCAUACUAAAGAUAAUUGGGAAAGGAAUUGAAAACAAAACUGCUGAUACAACAUUUCUCUUAUACAAAUCUGUGGUGUGACCUCAUUUGGAAUAAUGUGUAAAGUUCUGGUUGCCUCACAUGCAACAGGAAAUUUCAGGGUUAGAAAAGAUCUAAUUAUGGGCAACCAAAAUGAUCAAGGCGAUAGGGCAGCACCUCUAUGAGUAGACGUUGCAGCACGUGGGACUUUUUAGCCGAGGAAAAAUGGGAGUAAGAGGUGACACAAUAGAAGUUUAUAAAAUCGUGCAUGGCACGGAGAAAGGGGAUAGAUAAAUGCUGCUAAAUACUAGUUUCUGGGAAUGGCAGGAGGAGAGAGUGCUAUUACACUCAUGCCCUUCUUGCAUGCUUCCCAUGGGCAUCUGGUUAACCAGUUUGAGAACAGGAUGCUGGGCCAGAUGAGCCUUAACCUGAUUCAGCAGGCUUUUCUUCUCUUCUUACUCCUUGGAUGCUAUCCAACUAAGUCAUACUCAGAGUAGUUCCACUGAAGUCCAUUGAUUCAAGUAGUUCAAUGAGUAUAACUAACAUUGUUUGUUUGUUUCUUGAUUAAAUUUGUAUCCUGCUCUUCCUUUCAUACAAGCCCAUGGCGAAUACCAUCCCUUCACUUUCCUGAACUUCAGACAUGCGUUCUCACUGGAGGAUUUAUAGUAUUUUAAAAAUAAUAACUUAGAACACAUCGCUGUAUUCUGCUAUAACAAUUCUUUUGACAUGUUUUUAUUCCUUGUUUAUAUGAGCUUUGCCAAACAUGAAGGCUGAAAAUGAAGUAGUGUGAAAAUUUCCUCUGUGUUUGUGUGUGUGUGUAAUUUGAGUAUGGGUGUCCCAUAUACUUGCAAAAAGGUAUACAUAAGAAAUAUUUAUUUAUUUAUUUAUUUAAUUAAUUUAUGAAUCACUUGAGGCAUCUUGAAACAAUUUUACAACACAGUGAAAGAUACAGAACAGUUAAAAGCAAGUGCAUAUAAAAACAUUUUUUAAAGCAGCUAUAAAAAAAUAAAUAUGGGGUCUAAAAGCCAAGAGAAGAGGCAGUUAGUUGUCUGAUAGCAAUGGGAAGGUGUUCCAGAGCUUUGGUUCUGCCAGACUAAUGGGCUGAUUCUGGAAUGGACCUACAGAUAGACUGAUAUCUGCCAGACCUCUACUACAGAACACAGUGAUCAAUUAGAUAUGUAGAGGAUCAGACGAUCUUUUAGGUAUUGUGGUACCCAGCUGAAUAGAGCUUAAUUUACCAAUAUCAGUAUCUUGAACCUAGCCAAUUGGCAGCCAGUGCAGUUCCUUUAUCAGUGGCACAAUGUGAUGGUGAUAUUCUGCUCCAGUGAGCAACCCAGCCACUGGGUUUUGUGCUGGCUGCAGCUUCUGGGUCAGCUUCAAGGGCCUCUCUACCUAUAACAUGUUGCAACAAUGCAGUCUGGAUGUUACCAGUCCAUGGGCCGGCAGUGCCGAGACAAUCCAGAAUCACCUGCAGCAGCCUGACCAAGUGAAGUUGGUAGAAGGCACUCCUAAAUAUAUAUAAAUAUCAUAAUGUUCCAAAAAAGGCAAUAACCAGUUCUUAAUAGCCUCUUUAUCGGGUUCUAUUGUUUACCAUUGAGUUCUGUAGGACAAAUAAGUGACCUGUAGUUGGCAGCACUGUUACAGGAGGGGUGAUGUUGCUGGCGUUCAUAAAUAAAUUUCCACGCCUCCUUUUUACCAUAUAAGUGAAUGCCUGGCGUUCAUUCAUGUGGAAAAGCUAGUUUUAGAGCUGCAAACAGCUUCUUGCGCUUUCGUCCCCUUCAACUAUGUACAUGCAACACCUCUUCGCUUCAGUUUUGAUUAAGGGGGGUCUGUUAGAAAGCCACUGCACAAGUAAUACUAAAAACAGCCUUGCAAAUAAGCUUGCAAAAGUUAGUAGCCUGCUGGGGACUAGCCAAGCAGCCUUAAGGGGCUGUGGGAAAGGGAGCAGCCCAUUUGGUUUCUAGCCUAGAUGUUAUCCAUCCCUCUUGCCUGCCUGCAGUUUCUCAUUGGCUACCAGGCUGGUGCUUAGAUAAGACUGCACUGUGAUUUUUAUACUGUGGGUUAAACCACAGAGCCUAGGAGUUGCCGAUCAGAAGGUCGGCGGUUCGAAUCCCCGCUACAGGGUGAGCUCCCGUUGCUCGGUCCCUGCUCCUGCCAACCUAGCAAUUCGAAAGCACAUCAAAGUGCAAGUAGAUAAAUAGGUACCAUUCCAGUGGGAAGGUAAAUGGCGUUUCCGUGCGCUGCUCCGGUUUACCAGAAGCUGCUUAGUCAUGCUGGCCACAUGACCCGGAAUCUGUACGCUGGCUCCCUCGGCCAAUAAAGUGAGAUGAGUGACACAACCACAGAUUCGGUCACGACUGGACCUAAUGUUCAGGGGUCCCUUUACCUUUACCACUUUUAAAAGAAAUCAGGCACUUGUUGCUGUGCGGCACAUAACACGGGAGUGGCCCCCUUCAGUUAAAAUUAUAGUCUUCAGAAAUGUGGUGUUAUAAGGUGCAUGUCUGAACCCACAUACAUGUUCACCCCAGUGUUUGACAUUCCCCAGGCGCAUUUUGCUGUUGGCGCAGGUCCAGUUGUGGCUACAUGGAGAUUCCUGGUCAUCCGGCUGGCUACUGCAGUCUAAGAACAUCUGCCUUUUAGUCCACAGUUAAUAACAUUUCCGCUGUUUCUCCUCCUUGCAUACUGAGACAAGUGAAUUGUAGUAAAAGCAAGCUGCAGCCAAAUAAUGUACUGUAUGUUCUGGCGUACAAGAUGACUUUUUAUCCCUGGAAAAUCACCCCAGAAGUUGGGGGUUGUCUUAUACGCCAGGUAUACACGUUGGGAAGGAGGAGAGGGAGCCGGUGAGCAGAGACACCCCUUCUGCCAUCACUCCUCCUCCCUCCCCACAGAAGGGGACACGGAAAGUCCUUCCGAGCGUGGCGCUCACCCGCCAAACGCCUUGCCUCGGGCUGCUGCUGCUUCUGCUGCGACAGCAGAGGCAGCGGAGGGGUGCACGCUCUGCCCCCGGGGGCGCUCAAACUCUAUUACUCUAAAACUCUAAAAUUGAACAGCAAAAGUUGGGGGUCAUCUUAUACGCCCAGUUGCAUAAUACGCCGGGAUCUAGGGUAGUUGAGAUCGUAGAAUCGUAGAGUUGGGAAGGGAGCCCCGAGGGUCAUCUAGUUCAACCCCCUGGCAAAUAGAUAUUCUGUUGUGGCGAGCGUAACCUAGGUUUAAGGUGCUAUCUGGCUCCCAGCUUAUAUAUUUUGAGUUUCUCACACUGGUUCACCAUGUGUGUAGACCCACAAUGAGAGGAACGGAACCUUUUGCAUGGAGUCAGGAUGUGUGUCUGUUAAGAACGUGUGUAUACUUUUAACUCUAAUGCCUCCUAAACAACUUGUCACACCAGGAAAUAGGGGAAAUUAUUGCUUAUAAGACAGAAAUGGAAGAGAUUAUGAAUUUUCAUUACGGCUGUUCUUUCAAGGGUAAGAUGGAAUGAAGUAUAAAUCAGAUAAGUAAAGAUAGGUUUAAGAUAGCUACUUUUCCAUACAACUAUUUCAUUGUCAGCCUACUUCUACAAGUAUUUCCUCAGAAGAGAUUGGGUUCAAUCUUAAGAAGGGAUGCACAGGGUUGUAUCUUUUGUGCGUACAGUGAUGAUCCACUAUUGAAAAGCCAUUGUUGUAAUAAGGUGUAAUUGAACAUCCCAAUGUGCUGCUGCUGCUCUGUAAUUACACCACAGAAGUGUUGGUGCUAGUAAUGCAAAUAGCAGCUUCAAAGAACCAAUUUUCAUCAGGACCAAAGCAGGGGAUGAAAGAGUUUUACUCCGCAUUUCUGCCAGCUGGGUGCCUUCGUAAUGAUCAGCCCACACUCUGUGACUUCUGUUUGCGUUUUGACCUGUAGGAAGGACUCUGUGAAUUGAAAACAGAGACGUUAUAUGCACCUUUGUUAUCCAUGAAAAUCUUUCAGUAAAAAUAAAAUAAUAAUAAAUUAUUAUUAUUAUUAUUUAUUUAUUAUCAAUGCAUGGCUACUUUGGCUCUCCAGUCGCUUUCAGGUAUAUUGUUCUUCAGUCCCAGCACAAGUGAUCAAUUUUCUAUUUGCGUGGCCAGAUGGAAUCAUUGAUUUUCUUGAAGUUAUUUAUGUAUCUGCCACAAUAUGUAUAGCAUUCUUCUCUACUAUUAUACAGCAAAAUGUGUGAAAUCCAAAGUAUCUUUGGCGGAACUAACACUUGGCAUUUGUAUAACUGUUAGGAGAGGAGGAAGUGCUUUACAUACAUUAUCAUUACAUUCGCACCAUACAUCUAAAGCACUCAUAUCACUUUAACAGUCAUGGCUUCCCCUAAGAAUUAUGAGAACCUUGGUUCAUUCAGGGUGCUGGGAAUUGUAGCUCCGUGAGGGGGGUCUCGUAACAAGUCUCACCACCCUUAAUAAACUGCAGUUCACAGGAUUUUUUAAAGGGAAGUCCAUGAUGGUUAAAGUGGUAUAAGAGUGCAUUAAACGUGUGCUGUGGAUGUGACCUAUCUCCACCCUUACAACAUCAUUGUAAGGUAAGUCAGUGUCUGUCUAUUGUAGCAUGUGCUGGGGAGGAACUGGGAGUGAGGGGGGUUGAGUUUGAGAGAUGGUAUCUUGUAUAAAAGGCACUCAAUGAGUUCGUGGAAGAAGCAAGAUUUAAACUGAGGGAUCUUUGCUACUUUGGCUAAAUUAGAUUGUACAGGUCAGCCCUAUUGCUCAAAUUAGAUGAAUAGCAUAAAUAGACUCUGAAUGAUUGCUGCUACUAGGUGUUAAUUUUAGAACAAAAUAUAAACAGAUAAUCUCUUAGGAAACCUGCACCAAAGGCAAGUUUAAAUCAGUUGUUUGGUAUUUGUUGCUAAUAGACUGAUCUCUCACUAUGAGACACCAUGUGAUGGAAGUAUAUUAUUGGUGCAUAACAAAUAUUUUAGUAAAAGUCAGCAUCCUUUUUUCUAGGAUUAUAUCAAAAUGCACCCUCUUGUGGUGAGAAAAGAAAACACUAAGUACAAAACCUCUUUUAUUUCCUGCUUACUCUUUCUCAGUAAUUUUAAAGUCUAGUCUAAUGUGUGAGAGAAAGCUCAAAUUAUUGAAAUGAUUCUGUUUCAUCUAAGUGAACUGGAAUAUUGAAAUGCAUUAGGAGGAGGUGACAAUUAGGCACUGUUGUAUAAAGUUUCAGACUUGAGCUAUGGAUGACUGAGUUCAUUUCCCUUCUUAAUUGUGAGCCUUAAUGACCUUGGACAAGGUGCUGGUUUUUUUGGCUAUCAUCUAACAAGGUGCUUGUGAGAAUAAAAUGCUUCUGCUCCUUCCUGAUAGAUUGCUCUGUUAGGCUUAAUCUGAGCACUGUAAAGAAAGGGAGCAGGUUGAGACUGUGUAGUCACUUGAUGUGGGCCUCGUGAGGUGAGGCCAUAGCAGGGCACAUUUUCAUUUCUUGGAAUAUGAGCUAUGCUUUGUGUCCAAAGUAUUCUCAGAGGGAGAUGCUAGUCAGCUUAGAGGAGUCACAUAGUUUUUUCUUCUCUCUAGAGCUGGUAGUAGGUGCUCCCUGCUUUCAUUACAAGGAUAAAACGGAGGUAAGAAAUGAUUAGUGCAAUUUGGAAACCAUAAAGUGCCAUAUACAUUGUUCUUAUCUAAGAAUAAUCUGCUAGUGAAAUGCAUUAUAUCAAUUUGUGGAUUCAUUGGGCAAUUUUUAGCAAUUUGUGAAUGCACUCUAAUUCUUCUGAUUGCCUUGCCCUGCAAUCUUGAUGAGAGAGCAGCCUUUAAUUGUGUUUGUUCAAUUUCCCAGGUUUCUUGCAAUAUAUUCCGAACACUUCCUCCUAGCGAUAGCAAUGAGUUUGAUCCAGAAGAAGAUGAACCCACCCUUGAGGCGUCAUGGCCACAUUUACAGGUGAUUUUAUUCUUUUAAAUUUUUUUAUUUUAGAAUUAAAAUCAAGCACACCAACUUACUUGCUGGAAGGACCCUGAAAUGGGACAGAACGCAAAGUAUUUUUAAAAAAUCAACAAAAAUACAAUUUAUUGUGAUUAGAUGGACCGGGGCGGGGGACGGAGAUGGUUUGUGGCAGUGUCAAGUUAGGAUUAAUGUGAUACACCUUCCUGGGUUAUGUCUUAUAACUCCCCAGUAACCCAGCCUGGUGAUUGUGGGGCAGGAUUGACCUUUUUUUUUUAAAAAAAGAAAGAAUAAUUUUUAUUAACCGACCAAUCACAUCAAAUCAAACCAAAUUACAUAAAUUACAAAUUACAGAGCCGAAUUUUAAAUUUUUGUUGGGGGUACCCAUAUUUCAAGUUCCGAAGGGGAUCCAAUCAUCUUCUUGCUGCUGCUUUAAUGUCCACAAAUCUGACCAUAUGAUGUUCACAGUACUAUCCAGUCCUUUUUAUUGUUUUUCCACAUCUCUUCUUGUUAUUUUCAUAUAUUUUUCCUUUCUCUUUGUGACCUCUGAUAGUCUCCACAAGCAGGAUUAACCUUUUUAGCUCUGCAGCCACAUACGGAAAUACAAAGGCGCAUUGAGGAGAAGCAGCUGUAGACUCCAGCUUUCAGUCCUCUAGCAGCUUUUAUUUAGCUAGGCAGAAUACACUGAGCCACACCUUAUGAUGGUCUUGCAACUUCUAAAACCAGUUUCACACAGAUUUUAAUAAAUACAGUGGUACCUCAGGUUACACACGCUUCAAGGUUACAUACGCUUCAGGUUACAGACUCCGCUAACCCAGAAAUAGUACCUUGGGUUAAGAACUUUGCUUCAGGAUGAGAACAGAAAUCGUGCUCCAGCGGCAUGGCGGCAGCGGGAGGCCCCAUUAGCUAAAGUGGUGCGUCAGGUUAAGAACAGUUUCAGGUUAAGAACAGACCUCCGGAACAAAUUAAGUACUUUACCCGAGAUACCACUGUCCAGUGUUAUCGCUUCCUUUCCACUCUUCCAUUCAUAGAACUAAUGGCCCUGGUCACUUGCUUUCCGCUAAAAAGAUGUAGGCUUUGUUUACAAAGUUCCCUGGGUUCAAUCCAUGUAGGACUGGGAAUGCCCCCUUUCUGAAACCUAGGAGAGCCAGUGCCUGCUGGGGUAAACCUGUGAUGAGACUUAGUGAAAGGAAGCUUCAUAUGUUCCUGCUUACAUGCAAACCUGGGCAACGGUAGCCUAGUAGCACACCCACCCCAGUUCUUCAGGAGACAACAAUUAAUUGCGACGUAGCAGGCUGUAUAAUACUUUCCUUGCCCCAAAUGGUGCCACACGGUGUUUUUUCACCCCACAGGGUUAUAAAUGCCCACACAUUUUAAACCUCACGGGGGGAAAGUUGCCUGGCAUGGUGACUUGGAGUGAGGAAACAGGGCAGAGAAGGACUUAAGUGCCCUUUCCACCCACUGAUUCCCUCCCUAUCAGUUCUACAAAGUGGAAAGGGCUGUUGGGCAUGUUUACGUGUAACCUGCAGUCAGCCCCCCCAAAAAAACAAGUUUGGAGAAUCCAGAUUAAAACACAUUAUUCUGCAUCAGACAUCUGUGUUGUAGUUGAAUGCUCCCAAACGCUUUCUAAUUACCAUUAAAUGUUUCACCAACAUAAUAAUUGCUUUAUUUUCUAUGAUUUCAAGAGUCUGGAGGGCAGAGGAAUGCUGAUUAUACCCCUGGGAGCUUUGGCAAGCCAGUGCAAAAGAGUUUGUGAUGCCUGCUCUUAGAAUGAGCUGCAGUACUUCUGAUGGCAGCUAAAUAAAAAUAAUUAAUGGGCGCUAGGCUUAUGCCACUCUAGGCUAUAUGAACACAGGAAAAUAACACAUUAUUUAUUAAGUUAAAUUGGAUUUAUAUCCCACCCUAUCCUGAGUAGGUAUGAGUAGCAGUGGUAAUAUUUAACUAUAUGUGUGGGUGGGUCUGUGUCUCUGAAAAGGGCCUAUAGGGGGGAAAGACCAUAUAAAUAAACCAAGGAAGGGUGGGGCAGGAGGUAGGGGGAGAUGGGGAAACAGUUUUAUCAAGGUGGUCAUGAACAUAACCUUUUUUUUAAAAAAAAGUUGUUUGAUUCAGCAACAAUCUCCCCACACAUGCAGGACAAUGAACUCCUCUGUGCAGUGGGAGGGAGGGCACCAGGUUGGAAAACACUCACUUGAACCAGGGGUAGGCACAUAGACGAUGUCUUUACCUACCAUUGUCCCUCUCUUGCCUCUCUUUAAAUACGGAAGCAGAAUAAUAAUUUACUGUUUCAUUCUGUAGAAAUGCAGCACGCAUUAACACAUUACUAAAUUGUGUUGUGAUUUAUUGCAGCUUGUAUAUGAAUUUUUCAUACGAUUUUUGGAAAGCCAAGAAUUCCAGCCCAGCAUUGCCAAAAAAUACAUAGAUCAGAAAUUUGUACUACAGGUAAGGAGGUCUGCUCUCUUCGAAGCUCAUGAGAGUAUUUGUAAUGCUAACUUUUAUUUUAAAAAAACAACCUGUAGGUUGAUUACUGGAGUUUCUGUAAGUCUGAGAUACUUAAAAAAACAAACUGCAUUCAGAAGCUGUCACUGGAAUGUGUGAAGGCAAUUAUGAAAUACUGUAACUUAAAUUUGGUAGAAGAUGACAUUAAAUGUUUGGCACUAAGAAGAAGAGAAAAGUUUGGAUUUGAUAUCCUGCUUUAUCACUACCCUAAGGAGUCUCAACCUCCUUUCCCUUCCUCCCCCACAACAAACACUCUGUGAGGUGAGUGAGGCUGAGAGACUUCAGAGAAGUGUGACUAGCCCAAGGUCACCCAGCAGGUGCAUGUGGAGGAAUGGGGAAUCGAACCCAGUUCACCAGAUUAUGAGUCCACCGCUCUGAACCACUACACCACACGGGCUAACUUCACAUGAGAGAGAAUACCACACAGCUAUCUCCUGAAACAAUUCUCAAUCUGCCUCCACCUUACGAAUAGAAUUCUGUGGUGCAAAAGGCUUGAACCAGCCCCUCCCUGUUAGAUCUUGCCACGGAUUAAGCAAUAUACUGGUCCAUCAGUGCUUGGGAAGUAAGGCUUAUAUGCAAUUUGGUCCUUCUCUUCAUGGGCAGACUCUUUGAUCCAGCAAAGGCUUCUGUGAAGAGGAGGAAGAGCGAGGUGAUUGCCAUACAUUCUCCCUUCUCUCUGCAGCCCUUUGCAUCCACACCAGAUCUGCUUCAGAGAGUUCGGAUUCCCUUUGGGUUCGAAAAUAGCCAGGCGCCAGGCGCAUUUUGCACCUGGCUAUCGGCCAUUUGCGACUAAGCACAGAUGCCUGAGCUUCAGGAUGACACCUGAUAUCUCCAUCAUCUGGAGGUGCAUACCCGAGGAUCUUUGGAUCUGGACUGUUUUCACACACUAAUGCCCCUUCCUGUAGAAUUCUAUCAGUUAUAUUUUCUCUGUGCAGUCAGAAUGAAUUUCAGGAACCAAAGUGGUUUUUUCUCCUGUGCAGCCUGAGCAGGAGCAGUGAACAAUGUUCUAGUUAGUUGCUGUUGCUUGUCUUCCCUUACCCCACUCCACUGCCGUGCUCACAGUUGUGAAGAAUAUUCUUAUGUUAUGAAUGUGUUACCGUCAAGAAAAAGAGGUAGAAAUAGGCCCGUAUAUAUGUGGACAGACACUGGAUAAAGUGACUUUUCGUCUUUAAGUUCUCAAAGCUCUUAACCUAGCUCAAGGGUGUCAUCUGAACUAGCCAGAGAAUCAAUCACAUCAGCCCAUCAUUUGAAAAAUAAGACUUUCGAGCCGUCGUGCCCAAAAAUGGCAACUAGACAUUCUGGUUUGGCGACUGCAAGCUUGGUUUAAGUAGCCAUUUGGCCCCUAGCUUAUAUUUCCGAAUUUCUAACACUGCUCUGGAACAGUGCUGGGAUCUGUAUGGAGCAAAGGGGACAUUUGCAAAAACAUCCCACCACCCCGUUCAUGGAAGCUUCCACUGGAUCAAAGAGCCUUCUGUGAAGGUUAUUGGUAGGGAUCCAUUAGUCAGACAGAAGGUCAAAAUUCACGAUGGACAAUUUGGCUGUGGAAUGAAGAAGUAUGGUCAGAUAAAGCCAAUUCAGAAAUGCAGAUGUUAGAGUCAGGCUCCAUUUCUGAGCUGUUGGUUUCAUUUUGAUUUCCCCCCCAAAAUAGCUUCUGGAACUGUUUGACAGCGAAGAUCCUCGUGAGCGGGACUACCUAAAAACAGUCUUACACAGAAUUUAUGGAAAGUUCCUUGGUCUUAGAGCAUUUAUCAGGAAACAGAUUAACAAUAUUUUUCUACGGUAAGUGUGGGGUGUUUUUUUUUUUAAAGAAAGCUGUUUAUGUAAUUUUCUAUUCUCAUUCCUGUAGGUUUGUAUGCCCACAAUAUAUUUUUUAAUGUGUUGUGUUUUUAAACUGUAAACCACCCUGGUUGGUCCAUGCACACUAGAAGGGCAGGCUAGAAAUUUCCAAGUAAAUAAAUACUUAAUCUGUGUAAUUUGUGUCUGUGCAAUUUGCUUAAUUAUUUAAUGUAUGUAAUUUGUUUGGGCAGGUUUGUUUAUGAAACUGAACACUUCAAUGGUGUAGCUGAACUGCUGGAAAUAUUAGGAAGGUAAAUAAAGUCUCAUUUUAAGGGCUGACCUCACCUACAACAUUCCUUCUACGUGAUGACAAACUUGAUGUGCGAAAAAGGUUAUCUUAAAUUUACUGACGGCCCAGAAUGUUUCUGUGGAAGAAACCUCACUAGCAGUUGAACUGGCUUCCAGAUAAAGGUGCUUGUGAUAGUAAACACAUGGCCCAACUUUCAAUUUCCCAAAAUGAGGGGGUGUUAAAAAGUUGUAACAUGACUUAAGAAUUCAAAAGGUAUUUUAAUUAAAUUGAUAUAAUUUAGGUUUGCCUGGUAAAUUAAAUGUGUGUCAAAUUGCAUAGAAUUCAUUAAAAAUCAUUGCCAAAUACUUGUGGCAAUUUAUUAUUAUUAUUAUUAUUAUUAUUAUUACUACUACUACUACUACUACUACUACUAGUACUACUAGAAUCACUACUACGAUUUAGCAUUAUCUGACAUUUUCAUAAGGCAAAAUUAAUUUUUGUUUUGUUUUCCGAAAGCAGUUUAUGUGCUUCUCCAUCAACAGACGUACCAAGCUAACUGUUGUCCAAUCACAAAAAUAACAGCAGAUUUGAAUUCCUCACACUCAAAAACAUAUUUUUAAGACCCCUCACUGAAGAGAUUUGCAAAAAAAUUCAACUCCUAAAAUGACAUGCCCUAAUGGCCCAAAUGUGAGUUGCUGCCUUGCCAUGGGGUCUCAUAAGAUGCAGUGGUGCCAAACCAACUCUCAGCCCUGUCCUGUUCUUUUUUCCUCCACUCACUUGUGCUGCACACAAUAGUUCAAAUGGAACUGCAGUUGUGCAGGGGGGAGUGAAGCUGUAGAAGGCCCUCUUUGAAAUUCAGGAAAGAUGUCAUUGUCAGGAGUUCAGCUUACACAUGAGUAGGACCCUGGCAGAGACACAUGCCCGACUGGCAUGUUCUCUCCCUCCUAGUUGAUCGUUCGGGAGCUUCAUAAGCUUUCUUCAGCCCGAACAUCACAGCGACCGAUGCCAACUGACACUGGCACACUUAGAGAUCCACAGAGUUUGCACAGUUGGCGUAACACACCUCAGCAAUUCAGCAUUUUGGCUAAUCUACUUUAUUUACAUAUAAACACACACGGAGCACUGCAACAUGGCUCCCUCUCUCUCUAGCAUCAGACAGCAAAGAGAGAAAGAACAAAGGACAAUAGUCCCACUUCAUGGAACACAGUAACACAAACAUCCUGUCUUCGUCACAUCCCACUCUGUGGAGUCAAAACAUAUACCGUCAUGUGAAAGACAAAAAUCCCAUGACUGCAAUCAUAGAUCAGGAAUUCUAACAGUCAUGACUCUUGACUGCUGCGUUUCUGAGAGCACAAGGAAGCUAAAUAUGUGUCUUCCUGAAGUUGGACAGAGUUACUUGCCAGGGCUGGGAUUCUGCCUUAUCUGAGUUAGUUUAAGCUGUUCCUUAUAAUAUUGGUUCUAAACUUCAUCUAAAGGAUUGGGUUGCUGGUGGGGAUUGUCAGGCAAUCUAUGCUUUAUUGGGCAUCCGAUUUUGGCAAGGUAGCUCUCACUGACAUUUAAAGCGGCAUUCAAAUGCUAUGGGGCCCUGUAUCCUUAGUUGCUUGGCAUAUGCUUAACUUCAGUUUAGAGGCAAGGUCAGGCUGUUAAGCUUUUCUGUGCUCCAUUUUAGAGUUUCUAAUGGCCCACACCUUGGGCUUGUUGAUUUGGUUCCCAGGAUUUUAUUUGCAUUGAGGUCAGGAGCAGACCUUGAGCUCAUGUACUUUCUCUUUGUGGACUUAGGGCCCAUAUGCUCCCUUGUCUGCUCGCUUUGAUCCUGAAAGAGAAAUCCUUGGCCUUUUCACUUGCAGGAUCUGGCAGAUUCCAUCCUGAAGUGAAAGUAGUUUAUUCAGUCACUUCUACCCACAGUGAGAGAGGACAAGAGGCCCAAACUUGCUCAUGAUAACAGAAUUCUCAGGGGUCAGAUAAUGAAAGGAAAUCUGUAUGGACAAUUUUAUAAUAUGCAGUGUUUGCACUUAUUGGUAAAAGAAUGCUUUUCUGCUUAUAAAUAAAAUUUGCAAGAUUACUUUUGUUCUCAUGCAAAUUUAGACCAUGUUUCAUGUGUGCCAGUUUCAAACGCUUGUUCUAGCUGUGAUUAGAUACAAUCCAGUUCAUUCUGUGUUAAGGAUUACCUUGAUACUAAUAAUGCUUCUUUUCUCCCUUCUAGUAUUAUCAAUGGCUUUGCUUUACCUCUUAAAGCCGAGCAUAAACAGUUUUUGGUGAAAGUACUGAUUCCUCUACAUACCGUUAGAAGUUUAUCGCUCUUCCAUGCACAGGUAAAAACUUCCAUACAAAUGUUUGUUUGUUUUUUGUUUCUUGCUUUUGUUAGAACCAGUGUGGCCGGCACUUCUGUAUGUGCUGAGUUGGAAAUAGAUUUAACCAAACCCUUUAAGAAAACGGAAACAUGUAGAGUCCAGCAGACAUAUUUUUGCUUGCCCCUUGUGUUCACCAGAGACUGCCUGCAAUUGGGCAAGAAUCUCCAGCAACCCAUCCACUUCUGUCAGUCUGUUCUUACAAGGUUAUUUGGCUAGGUGAGCAGGAUGUUUUCUCUAGUUCAGCCCUGAGUCCACAAUGCAGUGCUAGGUAAGCUAAGGAGGUACAAGGCUACUGGCUGUUUUGCUGAAACAGAGCUACUGCUAAUUGUAUCUUAAUUGUUUAGUGUUGCCUUAGGAUGAGGGCGCACACAAGGUUUGAAAGCUAAACUUACAUCAGUUUGCACAAGUGUCUGUCUUCAGUGUUGAUGAAUACAAACAACCCCUGUUUUAGGCGUGACCGAAAUGUGCAUGAUUGUGCGUGUGCACACAGCGGCAAAUCCGGAAGGGACCAGAAAACAUCCUAAAAGGGAUGGAUGGGGCAGGGUGUUUUAAUGGCACACAAUUUCACGCAAGUGUGCAACACCCUGGAAUGCAAGACCCAUCCAGAUCUGGGACUGCCUGUAUAGCUUCCCUAUUUAUUUAUUUUUUACUUUUUUUGGUUUGGGUGCUUUAUUCCACUCUGUAAUUGGGGUUUGGCAGCUAGAUAUGCCUGCCAGCUAACUUGGGGAGGAGCACUACAGCCCGAGUCAGACACCUUCUCCUCUUUCCUCCCACCUUCUUACUUUUGCCACUCCAGUGAAUCUGUAGUCAGCUGACACAAAGCACCUAAGGGUAGCAUCUUCCACUGUUCUUGAUGGGAGAGGAGACUGCAGGGAAUAAUAAUUGGGGAGUGUUGCUGUGUGUUUCUGAAAGUGUUUGCUCCUUCCAGAAGCCAGUUGUUGAGGGGGUUGGCCGGAAUGAAAAGGUUGCCUUCCUCUGCUGCAAGGUGAUGGUGAAGCAACAGUGGUGUCCGAUUUAGCCUGCAGGCUGCCAUUCUGCACACCACUGCUUUGAAUUCCUGGCACAGAUUCUGAACCAGCACCUAUAUUCUUUAGUGUUCUUGCUUUCCUAAGUUUGACUACAAAUCUUCUCAUUUCCUGCUCUCCAAACCUUUGCCUCUGAUAUCCCUGCAGAGGGAGCCUUGCUAGCUUAAUCUUUCUGUUCGCCGGUCUUCAGCUGUGCUAACUCAUCUAACGUGCCCUAGUGCAGCCAGAAACGUAGAAGAAAACCAUCCACAGCACAAUGAGGCAUUCAGUGCCAAAAUUCAGAUGGUUUCAGACUCACAUUUAUCUAGUUGCUUUAGUAUACUGAGGAGCUUGGUGUGUUGGUCAGCUUUGCAGUUUGAUGGAACUCCACAUCUUUCAAUCUUCAUUUGAAAUGGAAACUGCUAACAGAGUAAGACUUGGAUACAAAGCUGCUCCUGUGUAAUUUGAGAGUUGUUGCAUUAUUAUUAUUAUUAUUAUUAUUAUUAUUAGACCACUGAUUUGUCUCUUCCUGCUACAGCCCCCUGCAUUACUUCCUAAUAUUUUCCAGUGGGCAUCAUCACUAGUUGCUCUUUUAGUUGCAGGAGGAUGCAGCAGAUCAGGGGAAACCCAGUGCCAUGAAGGAAGUCUGUUUGUGGCAGUUAGGAUUCAGGAUGUAUAUCUGGAUUAGCCACCUUAAUGAUAUUUUUAUUCUUUUUUGCAUUUUCAAGAAAAUACUUUAAUGCAAUGUUUUCUUACAUAUUUUGCAGUUGGCGUAUUGCAUAGUGCAGUUUCUGGAGAAAGACCCUUCACUCACAGAGCCUGUAAGUAUGAUCUAUACAUGUCUCUUUCUAUCUUGAGAGUUGGCUUCAGAUACCUGUGUAUUUCUGUAUCUAAAUGGACUGUUCAUUGUCUCUUCCUCAAUGCAGGUCAUUAGAGGUUUAAUGAAAUUCUGGCCGAAAACUUGCAGUCAAAAAGAAGUAAGUAAUGGGGCGUCGAUCGUCUUCCUGCUGAAAACAGAAUCUGUAGAAAAAGGAAACAUUGGGCCAUCUCUUAUUAUAUUGCAAAUGCCAUUUAAUGUAAGCAAGUGUAAAGGGACACACAUUUCAGACAAAAGUAUCUUAAUCUCAUAUAUAUAGGCUCAUGGGGUCUGAACUGCUGGUGGCUGAUGAGGAAAGAGAUCUUGGAAAUAGCUAUAUGAAGUUGGCAGCCCAGGGUAUGCAGCAGCUGGGGGAAAAGGCAUAUUCCGUGCUUGGGAUCAUUAGAGUGCUUAGAGUGUUCAACUAGGGGGGCUCAGGUUCAAAUCUCCACUCGGCCAUGAAGCUAACUGGGUGGCCUUUGGUCAACCAUUGUCUCUCAGGCCGAUCUAUCACACAGGGCAACUUUGAGGAUAAAAUGGUGAGGACCCAGCCAUGUGUGCUGUUUUGAGCUCUUUAGAGAACUGGUAGGAUAGAAACCUUACAAGUAACCCAGUAGUAUUUUGUAGUACAAUGGAAAAUGUAGGUGUAUUUGAGGAAAGCUAAACGAUUCUAUUAAAUGAUUUUAGAUGCAGAUCUUUUUUGACAUUCGUCAUUGACUACUCAGAAGCCAUAGGUUUAUUGCUUUGCACAAAGGUUGACAGCAGCCCAAUUAGCAACCAUUUUAUUCUGCAUAUUCUUGUAGGAGUAAAAUAAUGGCUACCCUCCUUAGUGCCAUCUGUAAAAAGUAAGCUGUCCACCCUACUUAGCUGUUAAUCGUGUCAAUUUUUAAGAGCGGUUGGAAAUGUUUGCAUGUGCUCUUUAAUUGUGACAUUUGCAAGUUUAUUUUGGUGCAGAGUCUUACUGACUUGAUUGAAGUGUGCUUGUUACUAUGCCAAUAAAUGGUGCUGGGUUUUGCAUUUACUUCCUAAGAAGUAUAUGCAUGAUUGCAGCCAGUUUCUGCAAAUGAAGGGUAUAUUGCUCUUGUGCAUUAUCUCUACUGGCAUAACUAGAAGCUGAGUUAAUGCUUCCUUCAAAAUUUAUUUCCGAAUGCAAACAGAAGACCUCUGAAUUUAAUACUUCCUUUCUCACUUUAGGUCAUGUUCCUUGGAGAGCUGGAGGAGAUAUUGGAUGUGAUUGAACCCUCACAGUUUGUCAAAAUUCAAGAACCCUUGUUUAAACAAAUAGCUAAGUGUGUGUCUAGCCCUCACUUUCAGGUCAGUAUUGGCAGCCAGAAAUUCAGAAGCAAAUUGUAUGUUGCAUGUACAUAAACUGUGACGCCAUUUUUUAAUAUGGGAAGUCACUUCAGAAGAGGGGGAUUCUGAGCAGUAUAGCAAGUUUUAGAGGAUGCUUAGCCUUUUCACGGUAGAGUACAGGAUCAGGUUUAAGGUGCUGGUUUCAACCUUUAAAGCGUAUAUGGCCUAGGACCCUCGUACCUACGGGACCGCCUCUCCUGGUACGCCUCAUGGAGGACCUUCCAGUCUGCAAAUAAUAGCAUCUUGGAGGUCCCGGGCCUCAACGAGCUUAGACUGUCCUCGACCAGAGCCAAGGCCUUUUCGGCCGUGGCCCCGACCUGGUACCCUGGUAGAAUGCUCUGCCACAAGAGACCAGGGCCCUGCAGAAUCUGACAUCUUUCCACAGGGCCUGCAAGACGGAGCUGUUCCUCCAGGCCUUUGGUCGGGGUCCAGUCUGACUUAUAUGAAAGUGGCUCCGCAACUUUUCUCACAGGCUCAUAUGAGAUCAGUACAAACAGUUAGGCCGGUGAGCAUUUAAGGUCCCCAGCCCUAAUAUGUGGGUUGUCAUCUGAUUGGAUUUCACUUUGAUUCUGAUUAGAUUUUAGGAUGUAUUUUAAUUGAUUGCUUGAUUUUAUGUUAAUAUGUUAUAUAUUUGAUGUUAGCUGCUCUGAGCCUGGUUUUGGCUGGGGAGGGCAGGGUAUAAAUAAUUAUAAUUUAUUAUUUAUACCCCCGCCCAUCUGGCUGGGCUUCCAAAAAAAUAUUAAAAUACAGUAAUCCAUCAAACAUUAAAAGCUUCCCUAAACAGGGCUGCCUUCAGAUGUCUUCUAAAAGUCUGGUAGUUGUUAUUCUCUUUGACAUAUGGUGGGAGAGCGUUCCACAGGGCAGGUGCCACUACUGAGAAGGCCCUGUGCCUGGUUCCCUGUAACUUGGCUUCUCGCAGUGAGGGAACUGCCAGAAGGCCCUGUCCUACCACUUUGCCAUGCAAUAUUGUUUCCUCUCAAUAGAUUUCCCCUAAUGGAAUACCACAUGUGCAUUUACUUGCUGGCCCCAAUAUGUUUAGGACUUUAAAGGUUAAUUCCAGCACUUUUAAGUUGGGCCCAUAAACAAUCUGGAAAACAGUACAGAUGGCAAAGCACUGGCAUAAUAUGGUUGUACUUACUGGAAUUGUUACCUGAUCUAGGAAAUAAAAGAAUACCAUUUCCCCCUUUUUCCAAGGUGGCUGAAAGAGCACUGUACUAUUGGAAUAAUGAAUACAUCAUGAGUUUGAUAGAGGAGAAUUCCAAUGUAAUACUUCCCAUAAUGUUUUCCAGUCUGUACAGGAUUUCCAAAGAACACUGGAACCCGUAAGUGUUUUUCUUUGUUUUAUUUUUUAAAAAACCCAUUGUUGUAUAUUUGCAACACAUUGAAAAUCUUAGAUUUGUACCUUUCACAGAGUUGUUUCCUAAACAAUGAAAUACUGGUUAUCUGACCUGUCUUGACAUUUCACCACUUGCAGGGUUUUACAGCAUAGAUUUGACACCAAAUGCACUUAACUCUAGAGUUGCACAAUGAGAGCAGGGCUUUUGCAAGCACUUAGGAUAUUUACCUGAAGUGUAUGCACGAAACUUGUUUCUGGGACACCAUACAUUUGAGAAAGUUGCAGUGUUUCUCGUAUAUAGUGCUAGCUGACAGUAUGGUACUUACAGUAUGAUAGAAUAAACUUGCAGGCGCUCCUCUGAGAUCCUUGGUGGGAGAAGUUAAGAAGAGGAGAAAACUCUGGAAUUGCAGAGAUAAUAAAUCCCUGUACUUAGUUGAAAUGUGACCCUGCCUCGUUGUGUACAUGGUCACUUAGGAAAAUAGAUAAGGUUAAAACUUUUGGAAAUUAGAGGAGACUUGGUUGGCUUUCCAAAGCAACUCUCAUUAUGAUCUGGCCUAUUUACUUAAAAAGUGAUAUUGGAACCUCUUCGUAGAUAUUUGGUGCACAGCCAUAUUGUGAGCAAAAGUAUGAUGACUUCCAAGUUGGACUGUUACAGAUCUUGGAACAGAAACAUUUCAUCUAGAGACUGGCAGAACCUGGAAAAGGUUUCACCAGUUUGAAGGGUCCGUUUCUCAGAAACAGAAAGUUUUUUUAAAAAAAAAUAUCGUACAGAUUAUUGUUCAAACCAAGUUUCACAAAGCUGUUCACAGUUAAGCCAUAAUAUAAUUUUGAAACGAAAUAAAAACAAAACAAAAAAAUUCAUUUUUUCAAAACAGCACAGAAACCUGCUGAAACAAGCAGCACCAGUUAGUAGUACCCGGCAUGAUAUAUCCAUAUUAAAUACUGAGUUGGGAAAGCGCAAAGUUCAUUCCAUAUCCUGAGCUAGCAUAUUGGCAGAUGCUCUGAUUCUGGUAUCCCGCACCCCCAAGACGGAACUGUAUUAUUAAAGAUCUAGCCAAAAGAAUGAGAAGAAUUUGCAGUUCACUGGGAGCAGGGAGGUUGGUUUACUGUGCUUCCUCAGACCGGUUGUGUGGUGGGUUGUGUCACAGUUGAGUGAUGUUGAUGUCACUAGUACCUUGUGUAUCAGGAACUUUGAAACAAAGGAUCUAUCAUAGAAUUAGAGUUGGAAGGAACCGCUGAGGGUCAUCUCCCCCUAGUCCAACCACCUGCAGUGCAGGACUCCUGUCCACAGCUGUCCCUGGGGGGGGGCCUGAACUGCCAACCUUCUGGUCAACAGCCAGAUGCACUGACCUAUUGCGCCGCAGAGAUGUGCAUCCCGUAUUUUUAAAAGGUGCCUUUUGCCGCUCUGCAGCUACAACAUUGCCACUUUACAGCAAUAUCCUCCAGAUAAAACCUUAAUACGAUUUACUUUUGCCCUAGUCUUCAGAGCACUUCACUGAUAAGCCCUGUUGUAUUCUUUGGGGUCUGCAGUAGGAGACAGCCUUGAGGUGCACAGACAGGUCAUCAAAAGCUUACUCAAGAGGGCUUAUGGGAGAUGAGUCCCUGGUUUUCUUACACUUUCUUCUUCUGGGUCUCCUUAACAGGACAUGUAGUAAAUUCAGUAGUACUUACUUCUACAAGCAUAUAUUGCACUGAGCUUCCACGGGGUAAUAAAGGAAAAAUAUAAACAUGAACGUCCUUUUUUAUUUAAUAUGAGGUUCUCUGCUCCUCCUCAGUGCUUCUCUCAUUCGAUUUCCUUUUUCUAAUUCUAGUCUUCCUUUCCCCCAGUCCUUUUUCUUAUAGUUUCUUUUGCCAUUGUCCCAGCUUAUUAGCAUAGAAGGACUAGAGUUGACUAGAGAGUAUCUUGAGGUUCCCAGUCCUUGGAGAAUUUAGCACUAGGCUGCACAGAUGAAAGGAAUGAAAAAGUUGGGAUCACCUGCCGGGUGCCAUGCUAAGUUUUGUGUUAAAUCUUCCUGCAUUCUCUCCCUGCUUUCAUAUGUUUCUGCGAAACUUGAGUUCUAAACUUCAGUUGCCCCCUCUGGUCUUCCCCCACAAAGUAAUAGCAUCUUGAGUUUGGCUUACAUUGAAACACUGCAGAAUUUGAAAAGGCUCCACACACUAUAUUCAGCUGUGGUUACUGACACUUCCCAGCACAACAUUUAUUGAUGCAGGAUUCUGUUUCCGUUGACCCAGUAUAGAUUUGGGGAAGACUGGAAGGGGACACACCUUAGAUGAUGCCAGAGCUGUGUGUCCUGUGACACAAAUACAUCAAAUCAGAACGGUGUUGUUGGCACGAAAAGAUCUGUCCCGUUUGAAUGGCAAAUUAAUGGACUCUUUCUUUCACGAUUCACAGGGCUAUUGUGGCUUUAGUAUACAACGUGCUGAAGGCAUUUAUGGAAAUGAACAGCGCCAUGUUUGACGAGCUGACGGCCACUUACAAGUCAGAUCGCCAGCGGUAACUUUCUACAGCCUUUUUUAUUUUAUUUUGCCAGCUGUGCAUAAAGCCUGCUGUUUUUAGUUUUGGUUCUUUUUUUAUUUAAACACUUUGCAGUAAUUGCAUAAUUCCCACACAUGAUUGAUUGCAAUGCCUCAUUCCCCCCCCUCCCCGCAUGCUCAUUAGCCUGGCCCCUGCAAGACGUAUAGAUGGUUGUUUUUUUCCUUCCCAUUAUGAGAUACAGUACCCAUUGCGUAGCUUGUGAACUUGCAUUCCUCACAGAACUUCUUUUGGCUCUAUGUUCUUAAAGACUUAAUUGUAUCAAGAAUUUCAAUAGUAAAAAAUAAAAAUAAUUUCUUUUUUUAUUUAAACCCCCCCCCCCCCAAACUCAUCAAUUUGCCUUCACUUUGCUUUGAAGAUGGUGUCCAGAAUGCAUACAGGAACUCUUUGCGAGUCAAGAAAGCUUUCGGCAAUUAACUCUCAUAACUUGCGUCUGACCUUUAUUGGGAUCUCUAAGCAAAGUGACCCCCCCCCCCAGCCUUCCUUGCUUUCCUUCUCCAUAAUAUCUUGAUACAUUUAAGGCUUUGACAUUGCUGGAUCUAGAAGAAGUGCCAUCCAUACGAUCAUUAGUUGCACCUUAGUUUAAAAUGUUUCUCUGCCUUUCCCUUAAUCACCCUUCUCCAAUUAUAGUGCAUCAUCUUUUGUCUGAAAUUUCAGCUUAUCCAAAGCAGCAGGUGAAACUAAUGAGGAAACUUCGGGAACUCCGGGCAGUUUGCGACUUGGUGAAAGUCGUGCCUUUUGUGAGACUCGGGGUUCCCACAAGCAAAGCGAAGGGUACUGUAUGUCAUCAAGCCUUGUUAGGUCAGUAUAGCCUCUCACACGUUCUUGGAGGCCCUAAUGUUGUUCAGUUCCAUCACCAGGCUGACAGCGCUCUGCUUAACAUUAAAAAGAAAACUCAAAGAAAUGUAAAUAGAGGGGUACCGAGUACCCCUUAGCUUUCAUAGACUUUAUGCCUGUACGCACAGCAAGUCAGUUAUGCUUGAUUUGUUAAUGUUUUGUUUAAGCUAGGCUAGGCAUCUUACACAGUGGCCCAGGGCCAGCAGGGUAUUGGGGAUGCUGCUGUGUGGAUGUAGCUUGGACCUUUUUGCAAACGUUACCCAAGUUUCAUCAAGAAACUGGUUAGACUCCUAACAAUUAUUAGUGAAGUAUUGAUUGUGUUUCUGGCAAUGGCUGUUUCUGGCGUUUGGUCACCUCAAAAGGUCAAAGCUGAGGCUUCCAUCUACGUGCAGGAAACACAUUUUUAAAAUCAUGACAUCUUGGAGGCAAGGAUUCGGAAAGCUAUUUCAUUCAUCGAGAAUCUCCGGCAUGGUUUUCGACCUUUUUGUCUUUGAACAGCAGGCUCCCAUGUCACACCAUGAUCAGCUUUGAACAUUCACUCGGUCUCAAAAAUGGUUUUCCGUGUGGCAUUGUGGGGUGUUUGAGAAACACAAGCCUAAAGCCUCCUUGGCUGCUAGCACAGAACUCGAUGCACUGUUUGGAUUCCAGCAGUAAAAAAGACAAGGCAUUGCUCAAGUAGAGGAUACACUUUGCUAGGGAGUAAGCACUAUUGUUUUCACUGGGCCUCCUCCAUAAUGAAUAAUGGUAGGAUUGUUCUAGUAUACACAAUUUUCUAGGAUUGUUCUAGUAUACAGAAAGUCCAGGAUUGUUCUAGUAUACAGAAUUUUGCCAUUUUUAACAAUGUACACGACUGUGACAUUAUCUAUUGCCUGCCAAGUCAAUAUCUGGAAUUUUUAAAAAGUUAAAUAGUUAUAUUUUAAUGUAUUUUUCAUCUUUUGCUGGAAGCUGCCCUGAGUGGCUGGGGAAACCCAGCCAGAUGGGUGGGGUAUAAAUAAAUAAAUUAUUAUUAUUAUUAUUAUUAUUAUUAUUAUUAUUAUUAUUAUUAUUAUUACAAUAAACUUGGGUAUAAUUCAUUAGCUCUCUGGCAACUUGAAAGUUAUGCACAUAUUAAGUUUAUGAUCCUGAGAAAUAGAAAGGUUAAGUAGCAGUUUCUGUUUUGUGAAAGUUUGGACCUGUUAUUUUGGUCACUUGUCUGGCUGCAGUUCCAGUGGUUUCAUUGGAAAGAAGCUUAGGACAGUUUUCUGUAAAUAAUGAUGAAGAUAAGAAUGUGUGGGGAAGGAGAGAACAAGAAAUGGAAUAAUAACGCUUUUAAAUUAAAUAACUGAUGCAGUCCGAUAAUUAAAAAGAGAUCCAAUGAGUUCGCUAGAAAGAAAAAUAAAUCCACUCGUCACGGAUGACAUACAUUGCCAAAUGAAACUCCACUGGCUUCCAUCUCCAUAGUAUUUGAAGGAACAUAUUGGGCAAUUUGGGUUUGUAAUGGCUUCAAAUACAGGAACACAAUUCCUUACCCUCCAAAACAUCUGCAGUAGUGCAUUUGGUAUGUAAUUGUUUUUAUUCUACCUUUGUUUUGCUCUAGAAGGCAGGUUUUCAUUAACUCGGAUAAAGAAAUGCCAGUAAGUGCAGGACAAGACCAGCAAAUAGAGCAAGCGGUGUGAUUCCGAAGUCUUGCCAGACUGGGUAGCAUUGGAUGUUGCAAGGCACCACCGGCUUGGGGUUGUUCCUGCGAACGCCUGGCAUUAUUCAGUUGCGGGGUUCUUGUGUGUGCAGCCUUAAGAGGUUUCAGAGAAAAUGCAAAGCGUUGGGACACCCCAGUACAUCGUUCUACCUCUAGUGCUGUUUUCUUUCUGUAGCUGUACUGAUGUAAGAAACAAGGGGCUCGUGAAAACCUGACUUUUUCCUCUAAUGCUUCUCUUCCCCCCUCCCCUUAAUUUAACAGUGAGAAGAAAAAGGAGAAGGAACGUGAAGAACUAUGGAAAAAACUGGAGGAUUUGGAACUAAAGCGGGGUCUUAGACGGGAUGGGAUAAUUCCAACUUAA